AUGUCGACUCGUGGCUCGCUCACUCAGACUUCAGUCGUCGUCCCCGCUCCCUCCACGACCCGCGGCCAAUGCACCAAACUCUACUCCAACCCCUCCGGCACCCUCCUAGCCUACGGUUCCUCCCGCCUCGCGCUCCUGCGUCCCUUGUUCGCCGACUCGUCGACGGCGGAAGUGAGGACUUUCGGACAUGCGCAGAGUGUGAAUGUGGUCAAGCCUGUGGGGGAGUAUUAUGCGGCUAGUGGAGACGCGGGGGGAAAUGUGAAGGUCUGGGACACAACCGGCAACUACACUCUCAAACUCGACUCGAAGCCGCUCUCGCGCAUCAACGACAUCGCCUGCGACUCUGAAUCGAAACGGCUCAUCGUCGUCGGUGAGGGUCGCUCGGCGUGGGGCGCGAGUUUCAGUCUCGAGACGGGAAGCUCGAUUGGGGAGAUUAGUGGGCAUUCGAAGGCGGUUAAUGCGGUUGCGAUGAGGCCGACUAGGCCGUUCAAAGCUGUGACCGGCUCGGACGACUUUAGCGUCUGUUUCCUCAACGGCGUCCCCUUCAAAUACGCCUCAACCUCUCGCCGCCACACCCGUUUCGUCCAAUCCGUCGCCUACAACCCCUCGGGCUCGCUCUUCGUCUCAGCCGGCUCAGACGGUCAGGUGUUCCUCUACGACGGGACGUCGGCCGAGGAGCGCGGAGCGUUGGUCGAGAGCGCUGGGGGAGCGGCGCAUGAGAAGGGCGUCUUUGCGGCGAGUUGGGAUCGCGAGGGAAAGAAGGUGGCGACUAGUUCGGCGGACGGGAGCUGCAAGCUUUGGGAUGUCGAGAGCGGGAAGGUGGUGCAGAAGUGGGCGUUUGAGGGGGAUGAUGUGCAGAGUCAGCAGGUGGGCAACACCUUUGCAGCGGAACAUCUCGUCUCGCUCUCCUUCAGCGGCGACCUCAACAUCCUCGACGUGCGCUCCCCAACUCCCUCUCGCACGCUCUACGGCCACCAAAACCCCAUCACCGCGCUGUCCGUCUCCCAACCUAACUUUGACACGUUCAUCUCGGGCGACUCGAGCGGGCGAAUCUUGGCGACGACUGCGGAGGGAGAGGUCAAGCAGGUCAAGGGACUGGGACACAAGGGACUGGUCGUGGAUGUGGUCAACAAGAGGGAUGGAGGGUUCGUCUCGACUGCGUAUGACGAUACGGUCAAGGAGCUUUCGAAGGACGAGUUUGGCUCCUCGUCCGUUCCGACCGGCUCACAGCCGAAAGCGCUGGCCUCUGGCGCCCCCGCUUCCGACUCGCUCGUCCUCGCCACGGCCUCGGGUAUCGAGAUCUUCUCGGCACCGGGCAAAUCGCUCUGCACCCUCUCCCUGCCGAAAGGAUCCUCCUCCGCCACUCCCACUUGCGUCGCCACCUCCCCCUCCGUCACAGCCGUCGGCACCGACGAUUCCCGCGUGCACCUCUACUCGACCACGGACGGCAAGCACCUCAAGAGUAUCGAGUUGAGGGCUAAUCCGACUGCGGUGGCGUUCCCGCCAGAGGAGAGCGGGGAGAAGGUCGUCGCGAUUGGGUUGGCGACGGGCAAGGUGCCGCUUUAUAACGUCGAGACGGGCGAGAUUGUCAAUGCGCGCUGGGCCGAUAUCUCUGCCCGUGUCACCUCGCUCGCUUUCUCCCCUUCCGGGUCAUACCUCGCCGCCUCCUCGCUCGACGAGUCCAUCCGCGUCUACUCGCUUAAGACUCCCUCGUCGAUCCUCUCGCUCAAGAACCUCCACAAGGGUGGAGCGAGCAAGGUAUGCUGGGCCGGAGAGGGGAAACUCGUCUCGGCGGGCGCAGACGGAACUAUCAGGACGCUUGAGGUCAAGCUUGCAUAG